AUGGGAUGUUAUCAAGAAUCUUUUAUUUAAUAUACAAAAGCUAUGGAAAAGGAAAACAAAAAUUUAAAAAAUAUAUGUUUGUUAAAAAGGGCUACUUUAUUAAUAAAAGAUUAAAAAUAUGAAGAAGCAUUAUAAGAUUUAAAUAAUGUUUUUUAUAAAAAUAAAUAAAAUAUAUAUAUUAAAAGAAAAAAAAAAACUAUAGGAAAUUUAAAAGAUGCAAUUCUUUCUUUUGAACAAUCAAUAAAAUACAAUAACUCUAAAAAAUGUGUAUCUAAGUCAUUAAAGAAAAUAUCAAAAAUAAAAAUAGAAUAAAGAGAUUUUUAUUCUGCUUUUCAUACAUUAAGUAGAGCAGAUUUUCUAGAUGUCGAAAUAAAAACAAUAGAAAAAUUAAAAUUAUUUACUGAAGGAGUGAUCUUUUUAAUGAAAAAAAAAUAUAAUGAAGGAAUUGAUUUGUUUAAUUAAAUUACAAAAAAUAAUAAAUUAGGAGAUUUUUUGUAACAAAUAUUUUAUUCUUAUAGGGCUUAUGGUUAUUUUUGUUUGGGAAACCAUUAAAUGGCGCUAAAUGAUUAUAUAUAAUAAUAAAAUUAUUUAGAAGAUGUAAAUAAAUAUAAAAUUAAUAAUAAUAUUAAUAAUUAAGUAAUAAUAAUAAUAAUAAUAAUAAUAAUAAUAAUAAUAAUAAUAAUAAUAAUAAUAAUAAUAAUAAUAAUAAUAUAAUUUUGUAUAAUAAAUUUUUAUGUGAAGGAAUAUUGGCAAUAAAUUCUAGUAAAUUUGAAAAUUGUUUAUCCUUUUUUAAAAAUUCUGCUUUGA